GUUUUUUUUUUAUUUAUUGUUAUAUAUAUUUUUUUAAAUUCGGUCGCCUUUUUACGGAUUUAUGAUGGAUAGAUAAAUGGCCUAAUGCAGCCAAGCCGAACCCCACUCCCUCUCCCCCUGUCUCUAAUAAACAAAUCCCCUUUCGUUUUGAGCCAAAGCUCUCCUCUCAAUCAUCACAGCCAUUAAUCCUCAUCAUCACCCUCCUCUCUUCUUGUUUCCUAUCCCGUUCGCCACCCUCUCGCUAGCGUCACUGUUUGAUUCCGAGUGGGAAAAACCUGAGUCGGUCUCUCUCUCUCUCUCUCUCUAGGCUCACUCGCUGUGUUUUCUUCUUCUUUCUCUUGCUUUUAGGUUGUCGUCGGGGAGGUAAAGGUUGGAUCUUUUUACAUGAACUGGGUUUCUCAAGGGAGACCACCUCGUGGGCUGUCGUUAAAUUUCCUGCUCGCUGGGUUAGGAUCUUGUUUUCUCGCUGAAGUUUCGAUCUUGUGAUGUGGGUUUGAGUUGGGUUUUCUUUUUUUUUUUCCUGCUUUCGGAGUCCUGGACGCUUUUUAGCGACCUCAUUCGUGAACAGGAGAUGCCUGGCCUGGGAGUUUCUGUUUAACUCGAGUUGGAUAGGACCUGACAUAAUCCGAGGGAGGGGCGGGGCUCAAUUGGUCUUUUCCCGGCUACUUUCUUUCCUCUCCCCGGUGGAGACUGAGUUGGUUCCAGCUCUCGUCCCAUCUUUGGAUGAGCUUUCUCCAUGCCCUGGGCCUUGAUUCGGUGCUGGUGUACUUGGCCUUGAUCCUAUGUUGGUGGUUGCUCUCCGGCAUCCCCAUGAACUGGCUCAUUGAUGCCCAGGUGAUGGAGCAAAGGCCUGGUUUCCUCCACGGAAAGACAAAGUUCCUGCUUGAUUUGUCGGAAAAGCUCUCGGUGAGAGGGUGGAAGAAUCACAUCUACUGCCAUUAUUUCGGCUCGAAGAGGAUCAGAGAGACAUGGUGGAGAAAGCUUCUCUUCUUGUGGGUGGUCGGCUGGCUUUUGGGCUCUCUGUGGAUAUUCUGGUUUAUGAACUCUCAGGCCAUCGAGAAGAGGAGGGAGACGCUGGCGAGCAUGUGCGAUGAGCGUGCUCGGAUGCUGCAGGACCAGUUCAAUGUGAGCAUGAACCAUCUUCAGGCCUUGGCCAUUUUGGUCUCCACCUUUCACCAUGCCAAAUCCCCCUCCGCCAUUGAUCAGGUAACUUUUGCAAGAUAUGCGGAGAGAACUGCCUUUGAGAGACCGUUGACAAGUGGUGUAGCCUAUGCUGUGAAAGUUUUGCGUUCUGAGAGAGAAGAGUUUGAGAAGCAACAAGGAUGGACUAUAAAGAAAAUGGAAACACAAGAGGUAUCGCCUGUUGAAGAGGAGUACGCCCCUGUCAUCUUUGCCCAGGAUGCUUAUAAACAUGUUAUAUCUCUAGAUAUGCUGACUGGGAAGGAAGAUCGAGAGAAUAUUCUACGAGCUAGAGCAUCUGGAAAGGGGGUCCUCACGGCUCCCUUCCCGCUCCUAAAAUCAAACCGCUUAGGUGUCAUACUCACCUAUGCUGUUUAUAAAUCAGAACUUCCAUCGAAUGCAACUCCAGUCGAGCGGAUCCAAGCAGCCAUUGGUUACCUAGGUGGAAUCUUUGACAUAGAGGCUUUGGUGGAUAAGUUGCUUCACCAACUUGCAUGUAAGCAAUCCAUUAUGGUGAACGUUUACGACACCACUGAUCCUUAUGAUCCCAUUAGCAUGUAUGGUUCAAAUGUGACUGGUAAUGGGAUAUAUCAUAACAGCAGCCUUCACUUUGGGGACCCUAUGAGGAAGCAUGAAAUGCAUUGCAGGUUUACGCAGAAGCCCCCAUUGCCGUGGCUUGCAAUCACAACAUCAAUCGGUACUCUUGUGAUUGCCUUGCUAAUUGGAUACAUAUUCCAUGCAACGGUCAACCGCAUUGCCAAAGUGGAAGAUGAUUACCGAGAGAUGAUGGUGCUCAAGAAACGAGCAGAAGCAGCAGAUGUUGCAAAGUCCCAGUUCCUGGCGACUGUUUCUCAUGAGAUCAGGACUCCCAUGAAUGGUGUUUUAGGUAUGUUGCAAAUGCUUAUGGAUACUGAUCUGGAUAUAACCCAACAAGAUUAUGUGAGAACUGCCCAAGCUAGUGGUAAAGCUUUGGUAUCACUUAUAAAUGAGGUGCUGGACCAGGCAAAAAUCGAGUCCGGAAAACUUGAGCUUGAGGCUGUCCAAUUCGAGUUGAGAACAAUUUUAGAUGAUGUCUUGUCACUUUUCUAUGGGAAAUCUCAAGAGAAAGGGAUUGAGUUGGCAGUUUAUGUAUCGGAUCAGGUCCCUGAAGUUUUAAUUGGUGACCCGGGUAGAAUAAGGCAAAUCAUCACAAAUCUUAUGGGGAACUCAAUUAAGUUCACAGAUAAGGGCCAUAUCUUUGUUACCGUCCAUCUCGUUGAAGAGGUGAUGGCAAAUUCGUUAGAGGUGGAAUCAGGAACUCCAUACCAAUAUUCAUUGAGUGUAUUUCCGAUUGUUGAUAAAAAACGCAGUUGGGAGAAUUUUAAGAUAUUCAAUCAAGAUGCUUCAGGAUAUCAGUCUUUCUCAUCACCUUCUUUGGAUCCCAUAAAUCUUAUCAUAUCAGUGGAAGAUACUGGUGUAGGAAUCCCUCGAGAAGCCCAAUCUCGGGUCUUCACUCCAUUUAUGCAAGUACGGCCAUCAAUUUCUCGGAUUCACGGGGGCACGGGCAUCGGCCUAAGCAUUAGCAAAUGCUUGGUUGGUCUCAUGAAGGGAGAGAUUGGGUUUGUUAGCGAACCACAUAUAGGUUCAACUUUCACUUUUACCGCGGUUCUUUCACGAGCACACAGCACUUCUAAUGAAUACAAGCCAUCCGAGUUUCAAGGAAUGAAAGCAUUAGUGAUUGAUCAUAGACCGGCUCGUGCUAAAGUUACGGAGUAUCAUCUCCAAAGGCUUGGGAUUCAUGCGAAACUGGCCACCGAUAUAAGCCAAGUUCUCCGAUUAAUGACAAAUGGAUCUCUAGUAGUCAAGAUGAUUCUUGUUGACAAGGAAACUUGGAUGAAGGAAGCUGACAUCUGGCCUUUCUUUAUGAGCAUUUUAAGGAAAGUUGACUCAUCUGACAUCCCCAAGAUUUUUCUUCUUUCAAAUCCUUCAAUUGCUAACAAGAGCAAUUCUGUGAGCUCUACUGAAUACAUCUCUAGUAUAAUUAUGAAGCCCCUAAGAGCAAGCAUGCUACUUGUCUCUCUGCAACGGGUUAUGGGCAAUGGGGAUAAGGACGUUUCCCAAAAUGGAGGGCCACCUAGUUUGUCAUUGAGAAACCUUCUACAUGGAAGGAAUAUACUAGUUGUGGAUGAUAAUAUAGUGAAUCUUAGGGUAGCUGCAGGUGCUCUGAAGAAGUACGGAGCUGAAGUUGCUUGUGCGGAGAGCGGGAAAAAGGCAAUUGAUAUGCUCAAGCCACCACAUUUGUUCGAUGCUUGUUUCAUGGACAUUCAAAUGCCAGAAAUGGAUGGGUUUGAAGCUACUCGAAGGAUUCGGGAGAUGGAGAAAAAUGUUUAUGACAGUAUAAAACACGGGGAAUCAACUUUAGAAUCUUAUGGAGAUGUCUUGCACUGGCACAUUCCUAUAUUGGCCAUGACAGCUGACGUCAUACAAGCCACACAUGAGGAGUGUCUAAAAUCGGGGAUGGAUGGCUAUGUGUCUAAGCCAUUUGAAGGAGAACAACUAUAUAAGGAAGUAGUGCGUUUUUUUAAAUCAACCACCACAAGAACAAAGGAGAAUAGUUAAGUAUACACUUGUGUGAUGCUAAAGGGCAUUGGCAUGAGAGAUCUUCUCGCAUUGUCAUCGGGCAUCAGAUUGAUUUUUGGGUUGCUUUGAUGAGUAAGCAUUUCUUUAACUACAUUUCAAGGGACCACAUAUUGCAGGUAUAUAUUUUUUAUCCUCGUAUGAGAAGUCCCAACAUCUGAAACAAUCAUUGUUCACCAUUCGCUAUCAGAAUAUCAGAAGUUCCCGAAUAAUAAAAAAAGAAUUGCUCCAUGACAUAGCGAUAAAGCAUCUCACUUUUGCUGAUUCUUACACUGUGAAAUAGUAAAGGUAGAACUAGGGAAAAAGAACUAUCGUCUCAGUUUGAGCUCCGUAAGGAGUGUACAGCUUUGUCCCCCAUUGUUCAUAUGUUCCAUUUAUUUGUUUGAUGUUGUGAUAAUACAAAGCAUUCUUUGGUAACGAAGGAAUGCGUGAAUGUAAAAAAGCUAUACAGUUGUAUAAAGUUUGAUGCAAUGAAAUGAGGGUUUUUGUCCCACCAUA